AUGAUACUAAAUCGAUUUUGUUUACAAAUUUUACCUUCAAUUCAUCAUAAAAUUGAAUGGCUUGAUCUCGAAUCAUCAUCUAUGAAUUAUAUUUUAGGUGCUGCCAAUUAUCCUAAUUUACAUACUCUUGGUCUAUUUAAUAUUAAUGAAGAGUCAGCUCGAUGUCUUUUUACUGAUAAAAAGCUUUCAUCUGAUAUUUUCAAAGAUCAGAUUAGAAGACUUUUUAUUACAAUUGAUAAUAAUAACAUAACAGAAUUAACAAUGAUAAACAUACUGAAUUACAUGUUGACUGUUUUCACUAAUUUAAUUUGUUUAACAUUAUAUGAAUCAUCGUAUAAAAAUCGUGUUCUAUUAUGUUUUGAUGAUCCACCUCCUACUACUUUUCGUUGUUCAACUCUUUUGAAAUUGAAUAUAAGAGUACAAUGUUUUGAAGAUUGUCUUUAUCUUCUUGAUGGUCGUUUUAAUCAACUUCAUACGCUCAAUGUUGAUGUGGUAGAUGUUUAUUAUCACGAUGAAAUUCAAAAUCAAGGUGAUUUACCAAAUCUAAAGUAUUUUUCUCUGUCAUCUGCGUACAAAACAUAUCAUUAUAAUAAAACAAUUCUUCCACUUCUCAAUCGAAUGUCAAAUCUAGAGGAACUUGGUUUGUAUCUUACAGUCUAUGUUAAUGAAACAUUUAUUGAUGGAAAUCAUUUAAAGAAAAACAUUAUUAAUCGAAUGCCAAGAUUAAAUCAAUUUAGAUUUUCUAUUAACUCAAUUAUGUGUAUUAAUAAUCUAAUAUAUUUUCCAUCAACAGAAGAUAUUCAACAGACAUUCAUUGAUUUUCCAAAUGAAAUUAUUUCUUAUGUUGAAUAUUUGUCAGAAUUCCGAGAAGGUCGAUGCCAUAUUUAUUCAUAUCCAUCUUUAAUGUCAUAUUAUGGUGAUAUAACAAAUAAUUUUCCAGGUGGAUUAUUUGAAUAUGUUCGUGCUGUGUCAUUAUGUGAUGAUGCUCCUUUUGAACAUGAAUUUUUUAUUCAAAUUCAAAAAUCAUUUCCAUUUCUUGAACAACUAUCUUUAAUUAACCAUAAAUCACAAAAUCGUAAACAAUCUUAUGAAUUGAAUAAUGAUAAUCAAAAUUUAUCUCCUAUUGAAUAUUUAUUUUUGAAUGAAAUUAAUCUUUUCAGUGCUCAUGAUGAUUAUGUAGAACAAUUUCUAUUAAAUACUAGAACGUUUUUACCAAAUAAUGUUUCUCUUUAUAUUAAUUAUAAAUCUUUAGAACGAGUAACACACAAUUUUACAAGAGAUGCUACACGAAUUAAUUCUACAAAAAUAAAUUAUUUAAAUUUACGUGCUCAAAAUGAAAAUUUCAAUUUAUCUUUAAAAGAAUAUUUUCUUCAUGCAAAAAUAUUUUCUUCAAUAAUGUUCUGGAUUCCAGAACAAUAA